AUGGCGGACACGAUCUUCGCCUGCGUCAUCUGCGGCACGUUCGUUUACGAGGAAGACACAGUCCCUCAAGGUUAUCACGAUGCCCAACCAUGGCUGAAUAGAUUUCGAGGAAUCUAUCAUGAUCGGGAAGGAAUUCAUCUGACCGGAGUCAGUCGAAACGAUGAACAUCAACGACCAGGAUAUACAGCACCUAGGGACGUUCAUGCCAGAUAUGACGACCCAGAGUACGACCCUCAAGACGACAGCGUUGAGUUUGGUGCCAUGACACAGCGUUCUGUCAACGGUCGAUACGGCUUUGUCUUCCAUGAAUCCUGUUGGUCGCUUUUGGAAGAAACCUUUGCGCCAAACGAAGUUCCACUUCAACGACUCUUUGAUGUAUGCUUGUCAAUCCCAAUCGCCUGGGACGUCAUGGAUUGGGACCAUACUUACGGUGGUCUUCAUCAACAACUUGAUUUGGCCUACUCAUUCCCUUGGGAGCCGCGCGGGAUGGUUCUCCGAAAUGAAACGUACCUAGAAGUUCAUGACCCAUAUCAGUAUUUCAACCUUACGGGCGAAGCACCAGAGUACCCCCCUCCAACAACGUUGGAAGGACCAAGCCGACCGACACAGGACCCGUUUCUGCAGCUUCCGCUAGAAAUCUUACUGAAGAUAGCUGAAGAAAUGGAUACUUCCGACGUCCUGAGAUUCAGACUGAUCUCGAGGUCCUUUUGGCCCAUCUUUCACAUGCCGUCUUUCUGGCUUUCACGCUUCAGAGACGGCGGUGAAAGGGCCUGGGCCCAGACGGCACUUGGUCCCCAUCGCCGCGAUUAG